AUGAUUACUGUAGCUCCAGGCAUCACGUCCACAUUCCAGGCCAAAGGAAGGAGAAGAAAGUUGGAGUUUAGGGGGAGCUUCAUUGACAUUUUUCCUUUUAUCAGGAAGGUCAGCGUCAACUUUCCCUCCAAGGACGCUGCGAUGAAAACAGAAGAGCCAACCCCAAGUCUUGGGCAGACCCUGGAGUGGCUGCGAAAGGAGCUGGCUGAGAUGCAAGUUCAAGACCAGAGACUCCUGCUCACACUGAGGCAUCUUCACAGUGUCCUGCAGGAGCUGCGCACUGAGAGUGCCCCCUGGGAGGACGCCAGGUCCAGCGGAGGGACGUCCCCCCGCAGAGCUCGAGCAGGCUCGGAAAGCGGGGGCCGCCCCCCCAUCUCCUCCCAGGGGCUCGCCCAGCUCCUCCAAGGGACAGACAGCAGACGAAGCUCCCUCCCUUAACUGGUCAGGCCUGACCCUGGUGCUUGAACCCUCCCACCACCUGUCCAAACUUUGACUGUGAUGUUGCUGGGGGAGAGCACUACAAUGGGAGUCAGGGAGCCAGGGCUCUGGGUUCUUCUCUGCCCUCAUCCUCGGCGUGUCCCUAACCCCGUCACUCGACUCUUUUUCUGCUGUUCCUCAGGGUUUUUGGUGAGGCACAAAUAAGAUAUCAGAUGCGGACAUACUUCUUAAACACGCCUCUGGCCAGUGUCAUGACGGCAAUCCUGCCCUCCGGCAUUUCCCCCCAAGGGGAUCAUCAGAACAAAGAACUCAGUGUGCGCCCAGGAUGUCUCGCGUUGCUAUGGUGAAAAACAGAGCCCCCGCCCCCCUCAUAGUGACUCAGCCAUUGUUUCCUGGCUUCCCGGCACACCUGCCCUUUCCUCUGUCUGAAAGCCAUAGGGCACCACUCUGGCCCGAGGGAUGGCCAUGUGACCAGGCCUGGCCAAUAAUAACUCACGAUCACCCUAACAACAGGACUGGCCCAACCGGGGACCACGGGACUCAACAGAGCAGCCAAUCACAGCCCUUCUCUGGGAUCCCUCUCUGGAUGGUCUUGCGGCUGGAGUUGCAAAGCGGGGGACGGCCAAGGGCCACGUGCCGUGCCAGGUGAAGGACACCUGAGCGCAGUAGGAAAGAAAGAGAGGUAGAGGGAGGGCCACAGAGCUGGGCAGAGAGGAAGGUGCCAGCUCCUUUUAGUCCCUGGUUUCAGGCCCUAGUUUUGUGAGUUACUCCUGCAUUCUUUCCAUGACAGAAACCAGUAAAUCCCACCACCACCAUCCUCCACCACACACACCAAUUUGGUUUUGCCUAAGCUGACUUGAGGAGGGUUUCCCUCCAGGUCAACCGACACGAUCCUGAGGAACACAAUCCAGAUAUUCCAAGAAGCAAAGAGAAAUGCUGAAAAAAAAAGGCACUUCGCUCACUCAGGGUUGGCAACAGCCCCGCGGCCGCAGACCAAGGUCUAUGAUGUGGCAGAACGCUCAGUUGUAUGGGGUGCUGGCCUCAUCACUUUGACAGAUUAUAUCUGCCUAUAAGAAAGACUUUAAAUAAGACAGCAGAAAAUUUAAAAGGUCUCAUGUUAAGAUGGCCCAAUUCUUGGGGCGCCUGGGUGGCUCAGUCGUUGGGUGUCUGCCUU